UUACGAGUACAAAGUAAAGCCUUUUGAACCUACGCGAUUCCAGUUUCGAAUUGCGCUUCUCCUUACCCUCUAGAAUCUAGAUUUCUUCGACGUCUUGAAACCCUCACUUCAACUUUUCUCUCACACCUAAUUCAAUCAAUUCGACAGCAAUGGCGGCAUCAGCUAUGGUGCUCGACCCUAAACCAACACCACCACCAUCAUCUUCCGAACCACCGCCAACAAUUUCAUUUACAUCUGCCGAAGAUUCUUCUCCAGCCGAAGAAGAUCUCUACGGCGCACUAAAAUCACUCGAAAGACGAAUCGAAUUCACAGACAUUCAAGAGGAAUACGUGAAGGACGAAUUGAAAAACCUUAAGAGAGAGCUUCUUAGAGCUCAAGAAGAAGUCAAGAGAAUUCAAUCUGUGCCUCUUGUUAUUGGACAAUUCAUGGAGAUGGUAGACCAGAAUAAUGGGAUUGUUGGAUCUACUACUGGAAGUAAUUACUAUGUCAGGAUUCUUAGUACUAUUAAUCGUGAGUUGCUUAAGCCUUCAGCUUCUGUUGCUCUUCAUCGACAUUCAAAUGCUUUGGUUGAUGUUCUUCCUCCUGAAGCUGAUUCCAGUAUUUCGCUUUUGAGUCAAUCUGAGAAGCCUGAUGUCACUUAUAAUGACAUUGGAGGAUGUGAUAUACAAAAGCAGGAAAUUCGUGAAGCAGUUGAGCUACCUUUGACUCAUCAUGACUUGUACAAGCAAAUAGGAAUUGAUCCACCAAGAGGUGUUUUGCUUUAUGGCCCUCCUGGCACAGGAAAAACAAUGCUUGCUAAGGCUGUUGCCAAUCAUACUACUGCUGCAUUUAUAAGGGUUGUUGGCUCUGAGUUUGUCCAGAAGUACUUGGGUGAGGGUCCCAGAAUGGUUCGUGAUGUCUUUCGCCUUGCUAAAGAGAAUGCCCCAGCAAUCAUCUUCAUUGAUGAGGUAGAUGCUAUUGCUACUGCAAGGUUUGAUGCUCAGACUGGUGCUGAUAGGGAGGUUCAGCGUAUUCUUAUGGAACUUUUGAACCAGAUGGAUGGAUUUGACCAAACAGUGAAUGUUAAGGUUAUCAUGGCAACUAAUCGAGCUGACACUCUUGACCCUGCAUUGCUACGACCUGGAAGGUUAGACAGGAAAAUUGAGUUUCCUUUGCCCGACAGACGUCAAAAGAGGCUUGUCUUUCAGGUGUGUACUGCCAAAAUGAACUUGAGUGAUGAAGUUGACUUAGAAGAUUAUGUCUCUCGGCCAGACAAGAUUAGUGCUGCUGAGAUCACUGCAAUUUGUCAAGAAGCAGGCAUGCAUGCUGUUCGUAAGAAUCGGUAUGUCAUCUUGCCCAAGGAUUUCGAAAAGGGUUAUCGAUCCAAUGUGAAGAAGCCUGACACCGAUUUUGAUUUCUACAAGUGAUAAUCGCAGAAUAUAGAAGUGCUAGGAAAUGAGCUCAUUGUCUAUUUCAUGGUUUUAAUCUUAUAUAAAGUAUUAGGUACACAUGUAACUUCCAUAUUAAAACAUCCUGUUCAACUGGGAGUUUUACUUUCUGCUUUGACUUCAAAAAUAUCCGAGUGACUAUCUGGUUUCUUCUUCUUAUUUACUUUUUACCAGUAGCAUUUUACUAACAAUGGACGAAACAUAAUUUUAUUUUUUUAUGUUUAUUUUUUUUGAUCCUUUUAAAUGGCCUUAUAAAACACUUAUUUUGAAAA